AUGAUCAGCUUGAGUGCUGAUGACAAGUUUAUUCAAGCUGGCUUGAACAGUUCAAGAACAGUACUUGGUAGAAAUGCAUGUGAGAUCCAAAUGGUACACCAAGAAGAUGCUGGUUUGAAUGUGGAAAUUGCAAAGCUGGCCUUUGCAAAAGGCAUAUGGAGUUAUGUAUGUAAGAUGGAUCAUGCCCUUCGCAAAUACUCUGCUUUCUACCAUCUUCGACCGAUUAUAGCUGUAAAUGCCAUCAGUCUGAUUCAGAAGGUUCCUCCUGAAUUGGAUACCAUAAACAUUUCUAGCGCAGAUCAUCCAGAAACCUCAACAGCAAGUGCUAUUUGUUGCAAGGUUGCUUGUGAACGCAGCAGGAAGAAACUCCUGAGGCCUUCAAAUAAAUUGAUCGCCAAUGGACUGAUUUUUCUAGGGGGUGUGAUCUGCCUUUCUCGUGGUCAGUCUAACUUGGGUGCGAAGGUUGCCAUGGCAUACAUAUUGAGUAAGCUGACCAAGCGUGGAGCUUCAUCAAGUCAAAGCCGGCAAGCUUUGGUGCCAUAG